AUGAAUUCUCUCAUAGGUACUAAAAGAAAGCGUGAUCACGAAUCAUCUGACUCGAACGUAAAGUCACUGCUGACAACAGAUAUGGAGAUCAUGUUGAAGGCAAAGCAAAUCAUGAAAAGAGUCACUGACAACUUAGUCUACAAAAUCAUUAUGCAAGGAGACAUCAUUUCAAAGAUAAAUAAAAUGAAUAAUGUCAGCAGGAAGAAAGCAACCAUUGGGAUAUUUGGAAAAUCAGGUGAAGGGAAGAGCUCCCUGUUAAGUGCAGUCUUGGGGAAAAAGGAUCUUCUGCCAUCUGGUUGUUUUGGUGCCUGUACAGCUGUUGUUACUCAGGUGGAAGCCAAUCUGACUGACUCCAACUACAUAGCAGAGAUUGAACUCUUCUCUAAAGAGGAGUGGGAGAAAGAGCUCGAAGAUCUUUUCAGAGUUUUAUCGGAUGAAAGUGAGGACAGGAAUCAGGACGUGUUCGACAUUGCUGUAGAAAAGAUCACUGCACUGUAUGGAGAAGAUGCAGAUAAGAAGACAUUAGAAGAGCUCAAGAAAGAUGACAAAUUUGCUGAGAUUGAAAUCUUUUUGUCUAUCAGUAAGAAAACAGUCUCAAACAAUGAUGUCUCAGAAUUUGCUAAUGAGGUUGCAUCUUACAUUCUGCACAGUGAGUCCAGUCCUGGUGGCUGGUACUGGCCGCUUGUGAAGAGUGUGACAUUUAAGGUUCCAGAUAGUCACGAAAUCCUGGAACACAUUGUGCUUGUUGAUAUUCCUGGAACUGGAGACUGCAACAAGUUAAGAGAUGACAAGUGGAAAUCUAAGCUGAGCGAGUGCUCUUUUGUGUGGAUUGUAAGUGCUAUUAAUCGAGCAAGCACUGACAAAGACCCCUGGGGGAUUUUAAAGCACUGCAUUGAAGAACUGGGACCAGGAGGAGAAUGCAAAAGCAUCAACUUCAUCUGUACAAAGACGGAUGAUAUCAAUCCAACAGCCUACAUAAGAUCUACUCGGCUUACUAGAGACCAAUUCUCAGGAGACAAGGAUCAGAAAAAAGUGUGCAUACUUCAUAGAAAUGAACAUGCCAAGACAAGAGUCAAAGAAAAGUUUGAAAAUUCCGAAAUCAAGAAAAGAUUCAGCACUGAUGGUAAUUUUCUUAAUGUCUUCACUGUAAGUUCCAAUGCCUUCUUCGACCACAAUUUAAAUCUGGAACCUAGUGAAACAGAAAUCCCAAAGCUGCAGGAUGAUCUGAGGACUCUUAACAAGAACAUUAACAGAGAACUGACCAGAGAUUAUGUCAAUGAAGCAAAAGGAGUUUUAUCCUUGAUCCAAAGUGUCCAGCUGGAUACAGACAAGAAAACGGUUGAGACAAAAGUCAAAGUCUACAGGGAAUUAGAGAAGAACCUAAUGAAGGCACUGAAGGAAUUGGACAGUCGUUUUGACACAAUUUAUAGUGAUCUGGAGCAGUGUCUCUCAAAGGGAGUGGAAGAAUCAGUGCAAUUAUGCGUUGCUUCCACAAAAGCAAUGAUAUCCCCUAAUAUGGAUAAAAGAGGAUUCCAUAAAAUCCUUCAAGCUUUGUGCAAGAACGGCGGAUGCUACUGGUCGAAAAAUUGGGAUGUAAUCCUAGAUCUGAACAAGCAAUUGGCCAAACACAUUCAUGAAUAUAUUAAUGAAUAUUUCAAUCUGAUUUUCCCCGUGACUGGAACAACAGGGAAGUCAGUGCAAGAACAGAUUGACAAGUUCAGUAUCAUCCAGAGUGACUCUGCUUACCCUGUAUCUCCCAUAUUACAUCACAUUCAGAACUUCAUCAAAACAGAGGAAACUAACCUGAAGGCAUCGCUCAAAAGAGACGUUGUUGGUACAAAGAAGCACAUCUACUCAACAAUCCAAACAGCUAUUGAGAACGAAAUGUCUUCUUGCUAUGAACAUGGCUGUCUUUACUCUCAUCCCUCUCUGAAGAGUGCCAAGCAGGAUCAGAGCUUAAGCUAGAUGAAUGUGCCACAAUAAACACAUUCAGCCCCUACGAGGACUGACCUAGCGUGCUCCUCACCCGUUCACAUCACGCAGAUGUCGUAAGCUGCAGCAGUGACUGGAAUCGGAUCCAUGAAGAAAAGGCAAGAACUGCUAAUAACCACAGUUGAUGAGAUAUAAUAUGACAUGUUCAACAAGGCAAAAACUGAAGUGCUUGAAAAGUUCAAUGAUUUAAAGAUGGACAUAAAGGAUGCUCUUGAAUCAGAACUAAAGAAAUCAAUGAAACUCUCACUGUCACAAACCAGCCAUAUCAAAUUGAUGGAUGUCUCAAGAGAGAUCGAACAGCUGGACAGACUUGCAGAGCAACUGUCAAACUGAGGUCAUCAAGCAAUAAAAGGCACAAGAGAAGUAGUAGAAAUAACAGAUGAACAUAUGUAACAACUUUUCAGUAAAUGUUUUCAUUAGUUUUACAUUAUCGCAUCAAUGUAUUGGUAUUUUAAAUU